AUGGGCUGCUGCUGCUGCUGUGGGAAAAAGGUUUUGGCCGGCACUGAAUUUGAUAGAGGCGAGCUGGACAAUGAGGAUGAUGGUACCAACUGCCCCUUGCUGUUGGGUGUGGGGAGCGCGGCGGGAGAGGAGGAAAAACAAACUCCACCAAAGGCAUUAUCGCCGUCAGAAAUGACUGCGACGACCGCAGCGGUCACAACCAGCGCGCAAUGUGUGGAACCACAAAAAUGUGGAAAAUGCGAGAAUGAGUUGUCUGACACGAUCAUAUGUUCCUCCACGACGGCUGAUGACGCUUUCUCCGACCGCUUUAGACUUCAUCGCCGUGUAGAGACGGCGGCGUCUUGGACUUGGCCGGAAGUUAGCAUGCCCACCGCUAGCGUGCUUUACGAACAUCCGCGGACCAUCUCCGAGUUUGACACGGAGGAGGACUUUUCACAGGUGGAGCAAAGUACUGGUUCACUCCGUGAACGCCGUUUACUGUUUAUAGCCCGAGAGCGGGAAAAGGCGGUGAUACGAGAGAUGAUGUUAACGGAGAGUGAAAAGCGGCAUGCCAUUAUUGAUUUUUGUAACACCGGUCGCCGGGCCAUGGCGUUUCGCCUCUAUAGGGGAAUAUUAGCUAUCGAGCGUCGGGUAAUGCUCAUUGGUUUUUUGACGGAGCGCGCUGCGUUGCUGAUGCGCGUCACGGAGGCGCAAGAAAUGAUAGGCCGUCGUCUGACCGAAAAUGACUGGAAAACAGGACUUUUGGAUAAGAUGCGGCAGCAUCGCGUGGGGCGGCGCAGAAGUGUCGCUGUCAGUGUUGAAAGUAGCGGCAGCAACAACAACAACGGCAGCAGCAGCAGCACUGAGCCCGUCGAAGCAUCACCAGCCGUUUUCAGUGAAGAAGAAAAGGCGCUCAUGCCGGGCGCUGUAGCCGCGGCGUCAACAACGACGGUGGGACGAUCCCUGUCAGCCCCCAGCAGUUUUUGGCGAAGGAGUUUGCAACAAGAUCGUUUACGUUUGUCAUUGUCACCGUCGCUUCCGCCGCGACCGUAUCAGAGGCAUAGCGGCAACUGCCCAGCACACGUCACCGUGGCGGAGGUCAUAAGACCUUUUCAACCAGAGCAGAAGGAAGUUCCGCACCGUCAACAACGUUUUGGCGCAUGCCAUGUCACGAAUAGGAAUGCUAGUGGCACAGAGAAGUUUAUGAAUUGCAAAUCGAAUACUUUCUCCGCCGCAGGAGUUGGGGCGGGCGGGUUGCAUUAA